GGUAAAUUAGGUACUCGUAAAGUUUCGCGAAAAGUUGCAUUUCUUGCCCUCGUGCCAACCUACAGUUCCAGUUACAGUUACAAUUACAAUACAAUUACGUGUUUAAUUAGGUACUGAAAAGAGGAGGAAUAGUUGCAAUUGUCUUGUGGGAGAGCGACGACAGACAAGGACGGACAGGACGGACAGGACGGACAGGGCGGACGGCGAUGAAGGAGUAUCUGAUUCGCUUCGUGCAGCAGCAUGAAACUUUUCGCAGGGCAGAAAUCGAGGCGCUAGCGGCGCUGUUUGAGGCGCAGAUUGAGAUUUUGGAGUAUAGUGAUGAUACCCCCUUCUGCCUUGUACGAAUCCAGGAUGACGCUACGGCCCGCGCCAUCGUUGGACGUUCCAUUCUCACCAAAGCCGUCUACGAGCUCUGGGGCCGGGGGUUAACAUACGAAGAACUCCACGAGGACGUGCGGCGACGGACGAGCGAGAAGUGGGCUCAGUACCGCAACUGCUCGUUCAGAUUCGACGUCGAUGCCUACCAGGGAAAGCGGAACCAGAAAGAACAGCGGAAACUCAUCGAAGGGUUCAGCUAUCUCGGUUUCUCAGGAAGAAUCCAGAUGAGUAAAUUUGAAGAAAACUGGUGUAUUUUCGAAGAAUGGGACAAUGUCUUUGGCAUUGCCGUAUCCAGUUCUCCUUCCCUCUCCCCAUCUGUCUCUACACCCUCCACGCCCUCCGGUGCGAACACCUCCUCCGCCGCCGCCGCCGCCGCCUCUGGUGGUGCCGUCUCCAAUAUCAAAAACAAACCCAGACCCGAGCAACCUCCAACCCACCCAAACAGGUUAUUCCUCGGGCGACUUAUUGGCGGCUCAGACCGAGAAGCAAUAGUCCGCUACGAUCUCAAGAAGCGCAAAUACAUCAGCACCACGAGCAUGGACGCCGAGCUGGCUCUCGUGACGGCCAACCUUGCCCUCGCGGCGCCCGGAAAGCUCUUUUUCGACCCCUUUGUCGGCACCGGCAGCUUUUCCGUCGCGUGCUCGCAUUUCGGCGCCCACGCGCUGGGCUCGGAUAUCGACGGGCGAAGUAUUCGUGGAAAAGGAGAAGGCGGGAUUGUUAGCAAUUUCCAUCAGUACGGGCUUGUGCAUCGGUUUUGCGAUAGUUUUGUGUCCGAUCUCACAAAUACACCGCUGCGGCCCACGCAGUUGCUGGAUGGCAUAAUAUGCGAUCCACCCUAUGGAGUACGUGAAGGCCUGAAGGUCCUCGGGUCCCGAGAUGGCAAAGGAAAGGAAGUCAUCUAUCUGGCUGAUGGCACGGCAGCUCAUUUGUCGUCGAGCUACAUCCCGCCCAAACGACCCUACAGCUUCGAAAGAAUGCAAGCGGACAUUCUUGCGUUUGCGGCAACCAUGUUGGUUACGAAUGGCAGGUUAUCAAUGUGGAUGCCUACUGCGAAUGAGGAUUUCGAGCUGGGCGUUCCUCUUCAUCCUUGCCUUGAGCUCGUGAGCACCUGCAUUCAAGUAUUUAAUAAAUGGUCCCGUCGUCUCCUCACCUACCGCCGCAUCCCGGACUCAGCCGUCAACCCUACCGCCCUGACCAACUACCAGCGCGACAUGUCCACGCUCGAGGCCCACGCUAGUGCCAAUGACUUGAACAUGUUCAGAAGAAAGUAUUUUGAAGGAUUCAGACCGACAACGCCUUCAACCGGAGCAUUGACGCCUGCCUCGGAGUCUGAUACCACGACAUGAGCCGGCGGCCGGUAACGGUUCGAGCCUUCGAGGGACAAUGGGUUCUCGCAGUCGAUGCGAAAAGAAAGAACCCACGAGUACCACGACUACUACAAGGCCUAUAGUGUGACGGGAUCAAUAGGAUGAAUCGAGCAGCAGCAACCGGUCACAAUUUCCCAUCAAACAUACAAGAUACAAGAUACAGGAUAUAACAUACAACAUACACAGCAAAUUCUGGCAUUGCUGUGGAAGUGGUGUACACAUCCCUUUAAGAUACUACUAUUGUGGGAUGAUGCCAAGGCGGCGUUUCUUCCAGUGUUACAAAUGGGCGGGGAGAUGACACUAUGUUAAUGGCUCAAGAUCAAGAUAAUGAAUACUUGGAUACCGACAUGGUAAUGUGAAUGCUGAAUACUGAAAUGACAAUCACAAUGAUAAUGAAUAAGAGAGGGGGAAAAUGCAAAAGGAUAAGAAAGGUUGAAAUGGUCUAUUAUAGGG